ACAAAAUAUCCAGUGUUACACGCUCCGCAGUGUUUUAAACUACAGAUACGUAAGGAAUUUUCGUUCCAACAACAAUAUAGGAAAAUAUAGAAAACAAUUCAGUGUUUAUUAUGAUUGAAACUAUUCUUCACUCAGUAGAUGUAUUUACAAUCUUGACAUUUUUUAUAACAUUAUUAUUAGCUUACAUUAUUUGGGACAAUGUGGUUCGAGUGCGAACGAACAUUCCUGGACCAACACCAUGGCCGAUAAUUGGAAAUUUGCCGUCAAUAAUAGGGACUAAUAAUGCAAGUGAAACAUUUCUGCAGAUGCAAAAGAAGUAUGGAGAUUUAGUUUACCUCAAGUUCGGUAAAUUACCCAUUGUUGUCGUUUAUGGAUACAAGAAUGUACAUCAAGUGUUGGUUGACAAUGGCAACAAGACAAAAUUCAGACCUAGACAUUUGCUUCGCUUCCUAAAAACAAUCUUCCCAAAAGAAGCAGGUGUAAUCUUUAGCAAUGGCCAAGAAUGGGUUGACAUCCGGCGAUUUUCUAUGGUCGCAUUAAAAGACUUCGGUGUCGGUAAACAAUCUAUUGAAGAGAAGAUACAAGACGAGGUCGACUUUUUGAUGGAUCUCUUCUCAAAACAAGAAAAGAAACCAACAGAUUGUAGUAAAAUGUUCCCGAAAGCAACCUCCAAUAUCAUUUCAAGCAUUAUAUUUGGUUCACGGUUUGACUUCGAUGAUCCAGAAUUCAACAACCUUUUAGGGAAUAUUGCUACUAUAUUUAAAUAUGCAUCUGCGUUUAGACUAGAAAAUUGCUUCCCAAUUCUGGACAAAGUAAAUCCUUUCAACAAGAUAAAACUCGUUGUGGAGGGUAGAAAGAAAAUUCAAAAGUAUAUAGCUUCACGGAUAGAGAGUGCGAGAUGUUCAUUUGACGCUAAUAACAUUCGACAUUUCUUGGAUGUGUACCUUGAACAAGAAGGAAAACCCGACAGUAAAAUUUCAGAUGAGUGUUUAUUCCUUACUAUCGCUGAUCUGUAUAUUGCUGGUACGGACACCACCUCCGUGACAUUACAGUGGAGUAUGAUGUAUAUGAUAAAAUACCCGGAUAUUCAGAAAAAAUGCCAAACUCAAAUAUUAGAGGUUAUCGGUAAUGACAGACAACCUGUCGUGAGAGAUAAAGACAAUAUACCAUACGUAAUGGCAACCUUACACGAAGUACAGAGAAUAUCAACCAUUGCUCCUCUUUCAGUACCACAUGUAGCUCUUGAGGACAUAGAUAUCGAUGGAAAGACUGUUCCAAAGGAUACAAUUAUCAUCACUAACUUGAUGUCUGUUCAUCUUGAUCCAUCUGUUUGGGAUAAACCAGAAGAAUUUCGACCAGAGAGAUUUCUUGAUAAAGAUGGACAGUUUGUUAAAAAGGAAGGCUUUUCUACUUUUUCGAUGGGUCCUCGUCUGUGCCUUGGUAAACAGCUUGCGGAAUCAGAAUUACUAUUAUUCUUCAUUUCGAUUUUACAAAGAUUCAAUUUGACAAAAGGUGAUGAUAACGACGAGUUGCCUAUGAUUGGGAUUCAAACAGGUGCUACAAACCAACCACAACCAUUCAAGAUCUGUUUCAUACCAAGAUAAAUAUCGGUCCCCGAUACAUAAUUGACUCCUGCUCUAUGCUAUUACCAGAAUACAACAAAUAUACUACAACAUUGAAUGUUUCUAUAUUCCGCCAUCCAGUGGCCAAAGAAUAUUGCACUACUCAUGCACGCUAGUUUGUCUGAAAUAUGUCCCAGACCUUUUUCAUUAAGCCUGUCGUAUUGACCUGAUAUUUGGAUUACUCAUUACCGAAAUAGUUCUCAAAUUCGCAAAUGGUACUGGUAAGGAGAAACUGUCAAACAAUGGACGAUCGAAAAUAAUUUAUGCUUAGUGCAAAGCAAUUACGGCAUCGAACAGAAUGAUACCUUAUUGAUUCGCGUCUGGAAGGACUAUUAAAAUAAGUAAAAUCUACGUUACCUUUAUAUGUCGUAUUACCGAUUUUGUUUUCGUUUUGAUUGUGAGCAUAUUUUCAAAAAUGUUUAUGUUACUAGUGUGCAUUAAUUAUCUGCUUUUUAGAAAUAAAAUAUUUUCAUUUCUUUC